AGCAUGAAAAGUUGUUUCCUGAAUGUGACAUGAUGCAUUUGACUUGCAUCGUGCCACAGCCUGCAACACCGCUGCAGGGUUUGUAACUGAUAGUAAAUGUAGAGAUUUCCAGCGCUUCUGAAAUGGCUUUACAAUUCAAAUAUUCGUUUUGGGGCAAUGAAUUCAUCAGCAACGUUGGUUAUGAGACUAUUGUUCAGAGACUUAAUGAGGGCCGGCGUACAUGCAAGGAUGUGGAGGAGCUACUGAAAAUGAGAGCAUUGGCCGAGGAGAAAUAUGGGAAGGAGCUGGUCUCAAUUGCAAGGAAGGCUGGGGGUUCAAUAGAGAUUUGUACUUUAAAAGCAUCGUUUGAUGAAAUGAAAACACAAAUUGAAAGUGUAGGAAACCUGCACAUUCAGCUGUCUGGGUUCCUGAAGGAAGAGGUGAAGAGGAUGGAGGAGUUUAGAGAGCGGCAGAAAGAGCAGAGAAAAAGGUUUGAGGUCACCAUGGAGAAGGUCCAGAAAUCAAAAAUCUCCCUCUACAAGAAAACAAUAGAUUCUAAAAAGACAUAUGAGCAGCGUUGCAAGGAGGCGGAUGAGGCAGAGCAAAUGGCUGAAAGGCUAGGCACUGCACCCACAGCCACUCCCAAACAGAUCGAGAAGAUGAAUAACAAAUCUAAACAGUGCAGAGAAGCUGCAGUUGAAGCCGAGAAGCAGUACAAGUCCAACAUUGAACAGCUUGACCAGAUUCGUCAAGAGUGGGAGUCGACGCAUAUUGAGACCUGUGAGAUGUUCCAGCAGCAAGAAGAAGAUCGCAUCAGUGUCACAAGAAAUGCUUUGUGGGUGCAUUGUAACCAGCUUUCAAUGCAGUGCGUCAAAGACGAUGAGUGUUGUGAAAAUGUACGGAAAUCGCUUGAGAACUGUGACAUCAACACAGACAACAACAACUUUGUGGAGAUGAAAAAGUGUAACCCAACCCCCCCAGCUCCAAUUGAAUAUCAAAAUUACUAUGCGAAUAAUGCCUCAGUGCAGAGAAAUGGCAGUGCUGGAUUUGUAGAGGGAGUCAAGAAAAGGUUUUCAAAUCUACUGCCAGGAAGCUGUACAUUUGGCUCCAAGCUAAACAUCAACGAGGGAGUGUCAGAACAACCGGCAGGAACAUCAGACGGUGUAUAUGCUUCCAUUCCUGGAUUUCAGCCGUACCAGCAGAGCAGUAAGGAGUACAGGGCUCAAUACAACUACGUCGCACAGGGGGAAGAUGAACUCUCAAUAUCAGUUGGAGAUGUUGUGGUUGUGAUAGAUGAGGGAGACGAUGGCUGGUGGAGGGUACAAAGAAAUGGUCUUUCUGGUCUGGUUCCAGGUUCUUACCUUGCUAAGGAAUAAGUUUACCGGACAGCCCAUUUUACAUGUACAUUUCUGAAUGGUUUUGUAAUUUCAAAUAAGAAAAAGCAUCUUUGUGGCAUGCAUACUUUGUAAAACUGUCCCUCUCUGAACAGCCCCCUCCCCUGGUGGUAGAAACGUGGUACAUCCAGUUGUUCUGAACUAAAGGUUGACCACAACUCACUGAACAGCUUUAUACCAAGAAUCUACCACAUAAAAAAUCUGUAGAUAAUGGCUUCAACAUAAAGCAGCAGCAGCAGUCAGUACUAAAAAUAAUAUAUUUUAGGUUCAUGUUACUUCUCAAACUAUUGACAACUAAGAGUCAUACGGAUCUUUUGCACAGGUACAUGGCACUAAAGCUUAUUCGCACACUUUAGUUUUAUGUUGAAUCUGAAGUUUUAAAGGUUUUCCAUGACUUCUGUUGUUGCCUUGAUUGUAAUUUAUGUCUUCUUGUUUGCAUAAAAUGAUCAAAAAUA